GGGUUAWUAUAUCAUUUCCUUUAGUUUCGUCCAACCCCUUUCCUCCGUUUGCCAGUYUUCGACUUUUUGACAGAGCGAACAGCCUUCGCACCUGUGUACUUCGAAGCAACCUCCCAAAUGUCGAAGGGCAUCAAGGGUGGACGGACMGAGACUCCAAUGCCUUUWGGCACACUUAUUCUCAGCUUGGCAUCCCCAGCGCCGGUGACAGCAAUCCAUCCAAGACCGGCCAAAGUAAUGUCAGCGGCUGCCUCUUUCCAUCCAUUACCCUCGAURUCAAUCACAUGGGAUUCGAAUUCACCGAUUGCUUUCAUGCGCUCUGGACCGGGCGCCAAAGGUGGCGUCAACAAUUUUGUGCCAGCGUGUUUUGCUGUGAACUCAUCUGCUCUGGUUGAGUCGGUACAAUGGAGCUUUAUUUCAUUUGCAACGAAAAAUGUCAAGAGGAAUGGCCUGGUGUCACCAAUAACCUCAAUUUUUGCAAGUCCCCCAACCAAGACGCAUUUUCCACUCGCAACCCGAAAUGUGAUUGGCUCAACUUGUCUGAGAAAGCAAACAAAAGAAAUGAAAAUUGAGGUGUGAUSUUUUUUAUUCAAUAUCUGCAGGRUCGUUUUCCGCGGUUUACUGUCCAAUCUACUUACUUUUUGGGGCAAACRAUUUUAAGCUCAUCUGGAGUGAGCAACUGAGURAUUGUACCUGGCACAAGGAGCCCCGGUGUGUCGUAAAGGUGCUGUCCAUCACCAAGGUCAAUCUUGAUAAAUUUCAAUGUGGUGCCUGGCAAUGGUGAUGUUGUCAGUGCUCCUUUUACCUGGUUUCGGUUACCAGCUCGUUUCUUGCUAUUGUUUUUGUUUCGUGGUUUUCCUUCUUUGCURUUGCGACUCAAUAUAUUGUUGAUCAAUGUACUUUUCCCAGCAUUCGCGGCCCCUACAACGUAAAUGUCACCCUCCAKUUCGUUUGCCAAAUCCUGGGCCUUUUCCAUCAUGCUAGCGACGCCGUCACCGGUUUUGCAGCUUAUUAGACGAACGGCACCUCCAACAUUUGCAAUGGAUUGAACGCCCAAGUAUUCAAGUUCGCGUCGUACCCAAUUCUCGAUGCGAUUCUUUCCCAGUGUCUUGGGUAGUAAAUCAGCUUUAUUUGCUGCCAAUAUCACAGGAUUUUCACCAGCAAUUCCGUCGAGUUCCCGAAGAACAGAACCUCCAAAAUCAAACAAGUCGAUGAGAGCAAUAACUACGGCUGGUUUUUCUGAUAUCGGCCGAAGCAAGUCCUUAAAUUGCUUUUGAGACAGAGUUGGUUCGUCUGUCCAUCCCGGUCGCAAUGAUUCAUCAACCUUGCCAGAAUUUUGUAGACCAUGACAACGCUUGCAAAUUGUCUUCUUUUUGGAUAGCUCUUCUAAAUCUAGCCCCAAUUCUUCUACUAAUGAUUCGAUAUCGAUGUUGUCAGCAUCUGUAGGCUCGUCGUUGGAGUCYAAGUCUCCUUUGCCACUAGUUUGUAGUAGAAAGUCGAUUUCAUCUUCGGGAGACCAUUCMGUAGCAGAGUCGGCCUUUUCUUUCAAUUUCUGCAGCUCCUCGACCUUUGAAAGCUUGGCUUGUAUGUCGAACUUCGCGGGCGGUAGAUAUCCAGGCUUAUGCUCAUCCCGUGAUUGAAAGUCAACACCACAUGCAGGACAUGUCAUUGCAUCGGUAAUCAGAGUGACCUUCUUUUGACGACCACCUUCAUCGUUACCAUAAAAUUCAGAUUCCUUUUUGAAUCCCAACUUUUGCAAAUCAGUCUCCGAAGCUCCCUUAGCAAACGAAUCCAGAUCUUUUGGAACGCUAACUUCACCUCUGACCAUAUCCAGCUUUGCUUGAGCUAUUCGAGCCUCCAUAUCAUCAUCGUCACCUCCACCAAAGUCGAGAAAAUCGUCAUCGCCAUCUUCGUCGUCAAAAUCAAAGUCUCCUUCCAUAAAAUCAGAAAAAUCAAUAUCAUCACCAAAAUCAUCAUCUCCGUCUUCGUCGUCGAAGUCAACUUCCAAAAAAUCGUCUUCAAACGUUGCAUCCUUUGCCAUCUGUGACAGACUAGAAUCAAAACCAUCUUUCUUGGCAAGAUCAUCAAAUGCCGCAGCYAACAAAUCGGCCUUUUUAGAUUGAUCGAUUUCAUCAUUGCUACCUUUGUUUGGCGGCUUUGCUGAUAAGGAGCGGAAAGUCAGUCGGCCAAUGUUGUAGCUAUGGUGAUCGRAAACACCAGGAAAUAUUUUCGAUCCUUCUUGAAAGCAUCCUUUGCGUCUGCUAGUUUGAUGACGACGAAGGGUGCUGAACGAAGCCUUUAAAUGCGGUGAAAUAGAACUUGUGAAUCCUCUAGCCUUUGAAAUGAAUUCCACUAAGGCUA